GAUUGAAGUCAGCUCAAGCCCUAGAUCGAUUAAUCCCCAAAUCCGACGAAACUAUAACCAAGAUUUACAAUGUCACCGGAUCACAGAGACAGCCAUCGAAAGAGGUCGCGUCCUCACUCCGACGACGACGACAACGGUGGAAGCAAGAGGAGGCCCCGCGGAGGAGACGAUAGAGACUCGCACGCGAUCGAUCGCGACGACACUGUGUUCCGUUACCUCUGCCCUGUUAAAAAGAUUGGGAGCGUCAUUGGCAGAGGGGGCGAUAUCGUCAAGCAGCUGAGGAUGGAGACUAGGGCGAAGAUUAAGAUAGGGGAAGCUAUCCCUGGAUGCGAUGAGCGCGUGAUCACGAUCUAUAGCGCUAGCGAUGAGACCAAUGCCUUUGGGGAUGAUGGAGAGAAAUCUCUUUCUCCUGCGCAGGAUGCUUUGUUUAAGAUCCAUGACAGAGUUGCUGCGGAUGAUGCGCGGCGGAGCGAAGAUAGCUCUGAGGGAGAGCAGCAAGCUACUGCCAAGCUGCUUGUUCCUUCGGAUCAGAUUGGGUGUAUUCUCGGGAGAGGUGGACAGAUUGUUCAGAAUAUUCGGAGUGAAACGGGUGCUCAGAUUCGUAUCAUCAAGGAUAGAAACAUGCCUCUAUGUGCCCUUAGUUCAGAUGAGCUCAUUCAGAUAUCUGGAGAAGUGCUUCUUGUUAAGAAGGCUCUGCAUCAGAUUGCCUCCCGCCUUCAUGAGAAUCCUUCACGUACUCAGAACCUACUUUCUUCUGCAGUUGCCGGUGGAUAUCCAUCUGGCUCACUCAUGAGCCAUGCGGCUGGUCCUCGAAUUGUAGGGAUAGCACCGCUGAUGGGUUCCUACGGAGGAUACAAAGGCGAUGCCGGAGAUUUUGCACGCCCUUUGUACGAAACUCGGAGAAAUGAGCCUCCGGCGACGGAUUUCUAUAUUCGGCUGGUUUCCCCAGUUGAGAACAUUGCAAGUGUUAUUGGUAAAGGUGGUGCUCUAAUCAAUCAGCUUCGACAGGAAACCAGAGCAACGAUUAAAGUUGAUAGCGCUAGAACCGAAGGAAAUGAUUGUUUGGUAACUAUAUCAGCAAGAGAGGUUUUCGACGAUGCGUAUUCCCCAACCAUAGAGGCAGCUAUGCGUCUGCAACCAAAAUGCAGCGAGAAGAUUGAAAGAGACUCUGGACUUGUUUCGUUUACAACUCGCAUUCUUGUGCCAAGCUCUAGGAUUGGUUGUCUUCUCGGUAAAGGAGGAGCUAUCAUUACUGAGAUGAGGAGAAUGACGAGAGCUAACAUCCGCGUUCUCGGGAAGGAAAAUCUUCCGAAAGUUGCAUCCGAAGAUGAUGAGAUGGUUCAGAUCUCCGGAGAACUUGAUGUUGCCAAGGAGGCUCUCUUACAAAUUACAUCAAGAUUAAGAGCCAACGUUUUUGACAGAGAAGGAGCUGUUUCUGCAAUCAUGCCGGUCCUGCCUUAUGUUCCUGUAGCACCGGAUGCUGGUGAUAGAUUGGACUAUGAUAGAAGAGAUAGCAGAAGACCUGAACGAGGGAAUCAUUAUCCUGGUGGUUAUGGCUCAAGUGGUCUGUCUUCUGAAUAUUCGCCUUAUGGUGCACCGGUUGGUGGUAGUAGUAGUACUCCAUAUGGAGUGUAUGGAGGAGGAUAUGCAUCUGGACGCAGUGGCAGUUCUGGGUUGUCCAGCCAUUCAUCAACCCAUCGACGCAGAAACUAUGAUUACUAGAAGCUAUUGGUGGGUGAUGAAAAAGGUUAGAUUUAUAUUAUGGAUUUGUUUUAAGUUAUCUUUUGAACUUAGUUAACCAAGCUAUUUGUUGCCCCAAGUUUAUGAGAUAAUCUGAUCUGAUCUGUCCCGGUACAUUGCUUUAUUCCCUUUGUGACCUUUUCCCCUCGUACCUCUAAAACAGUGUGAGAUCCUGAAGCCUGAUGCCUACCCCACAGCCCACAGCUGAAGCCUUUCCACAAAACAAGAUGACAAAGCUGAACCACCAAACUCACCGAUUACAUGUUGUUGACAUAUUUAAGUUUGUUUCAAAUAUUUCCAUGUCUGCUUGAGACCAAAAUACCACCAAGCUCCUACCCGUUAAACCAUAUUUAGUUGCCUGUAAUGCUGUCUAUCUAUGUAUCAUCUUUCAGUUUACCUUUGUCUUUCCUCGGAUCAGAUUCAGAAACCUUUGGUUUGGCUAUGCUUAGUUGCAUUUGUAUGAAUUAUAUAAUUUAUGUUAAACACGCUCUAGUUUUCAGCA